AAGAAGAAGAAGAAGAAGAAGAAGAAGAAGAAGAAGAAGAAGCCUCCUUGUUGUUACGAUCCUCCUGCCAACGGAGCAGAAGAAGAAGUGGAGGCUGUCAGUUAGCAUUAGCAUUAGCAGUGCAGUUAGCUGAUUUCUGGAGACGAACCUGUAUAUUCAAGUUCACACGUCACUGCUGCCGUAUGAUGUAGGAGUCAUGUCUCUGCAGGUGACGUUGCAGCAGAGAAUCAACUCCGCUCAAGUGUUGCUGCAGCGGGCGGAGCAGCUCUGUCAGGGUGUGGAGGGUCACCAGAAGCUCUGCAGUAAACUGCGAGCAGAGCUGCGCUUCCUGCGGCGGGUGGAAGCCGGAGAGCUGCAGGUCAAAGAGUCUCACCUGCACAGUACCAACCUGACUCACCUGACGGCCAUCGUGGAGUCGGCCGAGAGUCUGGAGAACGUGGUCGCUCUGUUGCAUGUUUUCACCUACCAGGACGCCGCCGGCUGCAGGCAGACGCUGGUGGUGGAUGUGGUGGCUAAUGGGGGACACACCUGGGUGAAGGCGGUGGGCAGGAAGGCAGAGGCUCUGCACAACAUCUGGCAGGGGCGGGGCCAGUACGGAGACAAGAGCAUCAUCAGGCAGGCCGAGGACUUCCUGCAGGCCAGCCGCCAGCAGCCCGUCCAGUACAGACACCCCCACAUUGUCUUUGCCUUCUACAACGGGGUCUCCUGCCCGAUGGCUGACCACCUCAGGGACAUGGGCAUCUCUGUCCGUGGGGACAUUGUCGCCGUCAACGCCGUAGUAAUGGAGGAGGGAGGAGAUGAGGAACAGGAGGAGGACGAGGAGCCAAUUGAAGAUAACGAGGAGGAGGAGGAGGAGGAGGAGUCUGAGCUGACCAGAGUUGACCGCGGUGCGGUGGUGGCCAGCCUGGCGUUUCCCACUCAGGUGCAGGUGGAGGAGUGUCAGCGCGUUAACCUCGACAUCACCACGCUUAUCACGUAUGUGUCAUCACUGAGUCACGGCCACUGUCACUUCACCUUCAGGGAGCCGGUGCUGACAGAGCAGGCGGCCCAGGAGCGCCGCCUGCAGGUGCUGCCGCAGCUUGACGCCUUCAUGCAGGGGAAGGAGCUGUUCGCCUGCCACGCUGCUGUCCACGACUUCCAGGUGAUUCUGGACACGCUGGGGGGGCCGGGCGAGAAGGAGCGCGCUCAGAAGCUCCUUGCUCGCCUCCACCUGGUGGACGACAGGCCAUCGGAGCGCACACUGCGCCUCACGCCCAGCGCCAAGGUCAACCGCCGCUCGCUCAUGAUCUUCGGCACUGGAGACUCACUGAGAGCCGUUACCAUGACGGCAAACAGCCGUUUCGUAAGGGCGGCGGCCAACCAGGGCGUCCGAUACAGCGUGUUCAUCCACCAACCGAGAGCUCUGACUGAGGGCAAAGAGUGGAGGGCCACGCCCCUCUGAGGCAGACUUCCUGUGCAGGGGCUGAUGGGAGUUUCAGUUUGUAAGCUGAUCAUAAAUGUGUAAUAAUAAUCUUGAGUUAAAUAAAUCUUGAGUUCAUGUGAAUAUAAUCUGAUCAGCUAAUAAUGUUUGUUGAAUGAUUUCAGAAUCUAUAUUCAAAGAUCAAUAAAGCAUCACAGUCA